AUGUUACAGUCUCAAAGGCCGAACAUCCCAAGACUUCUCUAUAGUUUGUUGUUUCAGCUUGGGGAUGCACCACCUUCUCAUGAUUUGGCGUUAAAUGUUCUUAUCGACAUACUCAGGGAACAUCUACAAAAUGAAAGGUACUUCAUUGUAAUGGAUGAUAUAUGGGAUGUAGAAGCAUGGGAUGUUAUUAAAUGUGCUUUCCCACAAAAUAAUCUUGGCAGCAGAGUAAUAGUAACUACUAGAAUUCAGGAUGUGGCCAAAGCAUGUUGCUUGCAUGGAAGUCAUCACAUUUUAGAAAUGAAGCCUCUUAGCAACCAAGACUCAAUAACAUUGUUUCUUGGUAGGAUAUUUGGCUCCGAAGAAGCUUGCCCUCGUGAGCUUUGGGAUAUAUCGGUUGAAAUUCUCAAAAGGUGUGGCGGUUUGCCUCUUGCAAUUAUCACUAUAUCCAGCAUGCUAGCAAGUGAAAACUUCUAUCAAAUGGAAAGGUGGGAACAUGUAAGGGACUCUCUGGGAUCAAUAACAAACCUCACAUUGGAAAAGAUGAGGCAAAUCUUAAACAUCAGCUACAAAGAUCUUCCUUCUCAUCUUAAGUCAUGUUUUCUAUAUCUUGGUAUGUAUCCAGAGGAUUACAAGAUAGACAAAUAUAAUCUGCAACACCAAUGGAUAGCUGAAGGUUUUAUCACUAAAGAGAAUGGACAAGAUGUGGAGAAGGUUGCAAGAAGCUGUUUCAAUGAGUUGGUGAAUAGGAGCCUUAUUCAACCAGUAGAUUUUGACAAAAGUGGAUCAGUGACAACAUGCAAAGUGCAUGACAUGAUGCUCGAUCUUAUCUUGAUUAAGUCUGCGGAAGAUAACUUUUUCACUAUAGUGGACAACCAACAAGCCAUUUCACGACUGGACUGCAAGAUCCGCCGGCUGUCUAUCCGUGUGAAGAAUUUCUCUUCCACGAUGCUCCCGGAAGACAUUAGUAUGUCACAAGUCCGGUCACUUAUGGUGUUUGGGGACAGUCAGAACAUACCAUCUUUUUCAGAGUUCAAGUUUUUGCGGGUUUUCUGUACUGACGGCCUCAGCUUUGGUUCAUAUGUUGGACUGUGUAAAUUGUACCAUCUAAGGUAUGUACAGAUCAGUGAACCUCAUUGGUUUGAGCUACCAAUACAAACUAUUGUGAUACAACAGUUGGAAACCCUUCAUCUGCACAAGGUGCACUAUAAACGAUAUGAAGAUUUGGCAGUAUUGCAACCUUAUGGAAUUGGCCACAUAAAAUCCCUGCGACAUCUAACUGGAUUUGAAAUUGAAAAAAAUAGCCUGGAUAAUAUCAAGGGCCUUGGGGAGCUGGCCAAUCUAAGAUACCUAUCUGUCAUAUGCAGAUCUCAUCAGUCUGGCAUGGAGAAACAAAUGGAUGCUCUUUGCUCUUCUCUAGGAAGACUCAGUAGCCUAGAGGAUCUACUGUUGGUUGAUGGGGUGGGCUGCAUAGAUGGCUUGUUUCCAUUGUCUCCUCCACCAACUCCCUACCGCCUUCAGACACUCUUCAUUUCAAAAAACUCCUGGUUUAGCAUCGUCCCUAGCUGGAUGGGGAGACUCCGCAACCUCUGUGAGUUACAAUGCGGGGUUAUGGAGCUGCUAGAUGAUGGUGCUAGUAUCCUGGCGGAGUUACCUGCAUUGAGUCGCCUGAAUAUCCAAAUCAGCUUAGCAUAUUAUUAUCAAAAGAUUGUCAUCAGUGGGAGUAGAGCAUUCCCUGCUCUGGAGUGUUUAAAUAUUGAUAUAAAAAUAGGAUGCCCAUCAAACAUGACCUUGCAGGCCGGUGCAAUGCCCAGGCUCCAGAGGCUCAGCCUGAAGUUCAGUGGCCGCUGGUUGAAGCAGGAUGGGGUCACAGUCGCACCUGCCGGCAUCGAGCACUUGUUAGCACUCCAAGAAUUGUCUUCACAAAUUAUCUGCGAAACGGGUGCUCUAGAAUCUGAUUUUUUUCGAUAA